GUACUAGUACCGGGGCGCUACUCGAGUCCAAGACGGUAAGUGCACGAGUAACACAGCUAGCGCAUGUCACCGUCCUCGAGUACCGUAGACUUCUCUUCUCCCACCUCCCACCACGACGAGCCAAAACAAGACCCCAUGAUCUCCAGGAUGAUGCCACACCGCAGUCUGACAAAUAAUGGGCCAAGGACAAACUCGGCACAAGCAUGCACAUACCUCAUUCAAACAUUCAGUCAAAAGCCUCUUCCCCGGGUAACCCCUUUACAACCCUUUUGCCCCACCAAGCAACCAACAAGACAGCGCUUAUCCACGGUGCCUACCCACACUCGCAAUCCAAACAACAAAAUGUCCAGCACAGCCCCGACGCGUUACAAGCUAAUAUUCUACGUCCCGCCGGGGGGCGUAGAGGCCGUUAAAGCCGCAGUCUUCGAAACAGGCGCGGGCGAGUUCCCCGGCGGAAAGUACAAACACACCUGCUGGGAGACAACCGGCACUGGCCAAUUCUUGCCCGUGAAGGGCGCUGGUGCCAAGCCGGCUAUUGGGGAGCUCUUGGCCGAUGAGAGCGCUUUUCGUUUGGAGAGGGUUGAGGAGGUGAGAUGCGAAAUCCUUUGUAUUGAUCGGGAAACAACGGCAAAGGCAGUGGGGGCAUUGAAGAGGUGAGCUUUCUUUCUUCUUUUACUUUUACUUUUUCUCCUUCCCUUUUCCUUCCCUCUAUCCCGAGUAGAUUCCCUUUCCUACGAGUAGUAUUCACGGUUGGAUUGCGCAACCUCAUCUUGGAGAAGUGAUCGGGUUGGCUCUAUCGGUCCAGUCUCGUCAGAUAUAUGCUCAUAUGACGCAGGGCACAUCCGUACGAGGAACCCGCAUACGAAGUCUACAAGCUCGAAGACUUUUAAUUCUCUCAUGCUACCCUCUCCCCGAAAUCCCUCAGAGUGAUUGGAAUCCCAUGCUAUUCUACGGUAUAAAAUCAAGUAAAAUAAAAUAAUCACUCUUUGAAUGAAACUGGUUUUGCGGAACGGGCAAAUGCAUUCGGGCAAUUCGGAAGGAAUUCCGUUGGUGAGCAUGGCGAAGGCUUAUUUCUGGUGACCCGCGAUGCUGGGCUCUCCGAUCCUGAUAAUCUCUUUUGAUUAAAAUAGGAGCUCAAUACCUAGCCCUACCCGAGGGUCAUACUUUCGAAGAGCUAUCUGCCGUUAUGCCCCCUAGCUGUACCACCGGCACUGGUUCGUAACCUCCCGUAAGUCGUACGGUGCUUCCGCGUACCCGUGCGAUGCGAUGAUAUUAAAGGUACUGUAGUCCAUUGCAGGAAGUUAUCCUGCUAUCUUUGGUGUUGCCACGAAAGAUUCCUCCCGAUGGCCGAGGAUAUUACAGUGAGAUGAAGUUACACCGCUUAGAGUACAGUAUGAUACUCGUAAUUGAGCAAGCAUUGUAAGCAAGACAGCGAUUGCGUACCCCCGGGAUUCGGCUCUUCAGCUUACGAGUAGAUCCCAGCGCCAUGUGGUAUCGGUAGUAGUCAUGUUCGCGGACGUCGUUCAAUCACGAGUGUGAUAGAGUACUUGCACGUCUUCCGCUGCUCCCGGAGUGCCGCCAGGAUACCGGUAUGAACGAAGGGAUUCUUGUUCCCAAGUCCCGAGUGUUGACCAACCAGGCCCCUGAUUUGCCAUGACACGAUCCUCGAGGCGAUUCAGUACAGUACCGGUACAGCA